UGAUUUGUUUUGAUUUUUCAAGUAGAGAAUCGGAUUCAAUUAUUAUAAGAAAUUUUAUAAUAAUAGACACCAGUCUACACAUAAUAUUUGUAACGGCUUAAGUGCUGUAGCAACGUAAGUUGCCAGCAAGAUGGAGUUUCAAUCGGGCUUAAAGUCUUCUUUAACGGGGAAGACCUCUGUCGACCCCGAAUCUGUACAGUUUCUUAUGUUUACGGAUGAAGAUGUGCGGAAACUCAGUGUGGCAAAGAUCACCAACUCCAUAUCUUUUGACUCCAUGGGCAAUCCAACAGUAGGAGGGUUGUACGACCCCGCGUUGGGGCCUACUAGAGAACGGGAUGACUUCUGUGUAACCUGUUCAAACUCAUUGCUUCAUUGUCCAGGUCAUUUUGGCCACAUUGAGCUGCCCCUGCCAGUGGUUAAUCCGUUGUUCAUCAAAAAUAUAUACACACUAUUCCGCGUUACGUGUCUAAAAUGUCACAAGAUACAAAUGGAUGAUAAAAUGAAGUUUAUUUUCAAACUGCAACUGGAUUUGAUUGAUGCUGGACAUGUCACUGCUGCGUUAGACUUGGAGAGCUUCAUAGGAGACGUCAAAGAUUACAAAAGUGAAACAUCCCCAGAUAAACCAAAUAAAGUUAUCCGAAAGUGUCAAAAGCUGCUGAAAAAGAGAGAUGGUGUUUUGGAGACAUUUCAAAAUAAGAAUGUGGAUAAACUCAGGUCAAAGAUAAUAAAUAACUAUUUCAGAGCUAUUAAUGUUGCUAAAACUUGUAUAUACUGUAGAAGUAAGUUAAUAAAAGUCACCACAUCAGACAAUAAAAUAAUGUAUAACAUGAACGCAGAGAGCAAAGAGCAGGCUAAGGAAGGUGGGAAGGGUAUUAAGAUAUUGAUGCCAGAUGACAUUAGGCGGACAUGUCAUACAAUAGAAAAAAAUGACGGUGACAUUCUCUGCAAUGUGAUGCCCGUCCUAAAGCAUGCUACAUCUAAACCUGCCACUGAUACAUUUUUCAUGCAAGUUGUACCAGUACCACCACCAUCUGUCAGGCCGUGCAAUGUCUUACAAGGCGAGCUAGUGGAACACCCCCAGUCUCAUAUUUACAAGGCAAUUCUUUCUCUUGCAUACAAAGCCAGAAUUGUUUUACAGGUGCUAGCAUCUUCAAACCAUCAGAAGACUGUUGACAGCUUGGAUGUAGCAAAUAGGCAAGCUUAUGAUAGCAUAAUGGGUAAGUCUACCCCUGAAAAAAUGCAUUCUAUAUGGCAGGAGCUCCAAAAAAGCAUAAUACAGCUGCUGAGCUCCGAAGGAGGUGGUGUUAAUAGCCCUGGCCUGAAACAGAUACUCGAAAAGAAAACUGGAGUUAUAAGAAUGCAUAUGAUGGGUAAAAGAGUCAACUUUGCAGCCCGAUCUGUUAUCACACCUGACCCCAAUGUAGACAUUGAUGAAAUAGGUAUACCAGACGUUUUUGCCACUAAAUUAACCUACCCAGUGCCAGUUACAGAAUGGAAUGUAGAAGAACUUAGGAAAAUGGUUAUAAAUGGCCCAAAUGUUCAUCCCGGUGCUGAAAAACUAGAAACCGAAAAUGGAAGGGUUAUAAGAAUUCCACCUGACUCACUACAAAAACGAAAAAGUCUAGCCAAAAAACUACUUACACCCGAUGAAUUCAAAUCUUCUGGCUUGAAAACAGUACAUAGACAUCUCAUAAAUGGAGAUGUGUUGAUUUUGAAUCGUCAGCCAUCACUUCACAAGCCAAGUAUGAUGGCUCAUAGGGCAAGAAUUUUAAAAGGAGAGAAAACACUGAGACUUCAUUACGCUAAUUGUAAAUCCUACAAUGCUGAUUUUGAUGGUGAUGAAAUGAAUGCACACUUUCCACAAAAUGAGAUAGCUAGGAGUGAGGCCUACAAUAUUAUGUCAGUGACAAAGCAGUACCUAGUACCAAAAGAUGGAACCCCAUUGAGUGGAUUGAUUCAAGAUCAUGUAAUUUCUGGAGUAAGAAUGUCCAUUCGUGGAAAGUUUUUCACUAAAGCGGAUUAUCAACAACUAGUUUUUCAGGCUCUGGCUAAUCAUAAGGGCAACAUAAAAUUGCUACCACCGACUAUUCUCAAACCUGUCAUGUUGUGGUCAGGGAAACAAGUUCUUUCCACAAUCAUAAUCAACAUUGUCCCGAAAGGGAAACCAUGCUUGACUUUAAUUGGUAAAGCAAAAAUUAGUUCAAAAGCCUGGGAAACUGGUGACAGUAGGCCAUGGAAAGCAGGAGGAACGCCUUUUACCAGUCCAGAAACCAUGUCAGAAGCAGAGGUAGUAAUUAGGAAUGGAGAACUUCUGUGUGGAGUCCUUGACAAAACUCACUACGGGGCUACCCCUUAUGGUUUAGUUCACUGUAUGUAUGAACUGUAUGGCGGUGACAGCUCUAGUGCUCUGUUGAGUUCAUUUUCAAAAGUUUUUACAUUCCAUUUACAAUGGAUCGGCUUUACGCUUGGUGUGAAAGAUAUUUUAGUUGUUGAGGAGGCGGACGAAAAACGAAAUGAUAUAAUCAAUCUUGUAAGAAAUAUAGGAAAGGUCGCAGCAGUGAAGGCGACAGAUCUACCUGCCGAUGUAGACGAGGUUAAGCUUAAGGAGAAAAUUGGCGAAAUGCUCACAAAAGAUCCGAAAUUCCGUGCCAACUUGGACAGACAAUACAAGAAUAUGCUCGACUCAUACACAAACAAUAUAAACACUGUCUGCUUAAAAGAAGGUUUGUUAGAAAAGUUUCCAGCAAACAAUCUACAGCUCAUGGUACAAUCAGGAGCGAAAGGUUCGACAGUAAAUACUAUGCAAAUUUCCUGCUUACUUGGACAAAUUGAACUCGAGGGUAAGAGACCUCCCCUCAUGAUAUCUGGGAGGUCCUUACCCAGCUUUACGCCGUACGAUAUAACUCCCCGAGCUGGAGGUUUUAUUGACGGACGAUUUUUGACUGGAAUUCAACCCCAAGAGUUCUUCUUCCAUUGUAUGGCUGGUCGAGAAGGUCUUAUCGAUACCGCUGUUAAAACUAGUAGGUCUGGUUAUCUGCAGAGAUGUUUGAUUAAACAUUUGGAAGGUUUAAGCGUGGCCUACGAUUACACAGUUAGAGAUGCCGACAGUAGCGUCAUACAGUACGCUUACGGAGAAGAUGGUCUCGAUGUUCUCAAAUGCCAAUUCUUAAAGAAGAGUCAGUUUAAAUUCUUGGACAUUAACUCUAAAGCAGUUGUGGACAAAUCAAUUCUAAAACAACUGAACGAGGAAGAUAACUCUAAAGCCAUCCUUAAAUCCCAGAAAGCAAUAAAGAAAUGGAAAAAGAAAUACGGUGAUGACGUAUUUAAAAAAGUGCGUCACAAUGGAUUUGCUAAGUUUUCUGCUGUGGCGAGAAACAACAUCGAUUUGGAUGAAAAGCCAACUGAUGAAACUCGAGAUCCCUAUUAUUGGGAACUAGAAAAAAUGUGGCGAUCACUGGAUGAGGAAGAAAGGCAACAGUACGAUAACAAAAUUUGUCCAGACCCAAUUACAAGUAAAACCUCCCCCGAAUACAAGUUUGGAAUGAUCACCGAAAGAUUAGACGGUCUAAUUGAAAGCUAUCUAAAGUCUAGAGGCGAAAGCAAUGAGUAUACCAGAAAAGAAAAGUUUAAAGAAAUUAUGAGCGCGAAGUAUCUAGAGUCUAUGGCGGCUCCCGGUGAACCUGUGGGAUUAUUGGCAGCUCAGUCAAUCGGAGAGCCCUCAACUCAGAUGACACUGAACACUUUCCACUUCGCCGGUCGUGGUGACAUGAACGUGACGCUGGGUAUUCCGCGACUUCGAGAAAUUUUGAUGACAGCGUCCGCGAAACUCAAAACGCCCAACAUGGAUAUACCAUUCUACCAGAACCUACCCGAUUUGAACAAGAAAGCUGAGAAACUGAGGCGAAAGAUGAACAGAGUGACGGUCAGUGAUGUUCUAGAGAAGAUCGACGUGAGCUGUGAAAUAGUCGUACAUCCACACAGGGAACUGAAGACGACGAUGCGCUUUUCUUUCCUACCGCAUUCGCAAUAUAAAGCGCAGUACAUAGUGAAACCGGCGCAGAUAAUAAAACACAUGCAGAAGAAAUUCUUCAAUGAAAUGUUCACGACGAUCCGUAAACAAGCUAAGACUACUUCGGGAGUUCUGUGGUCUACUGAGAAAAAGGAAAGAAAGAGGAAAGGCGAUGGGGACGAUGAUGAAGAGGAGGACAAUGUUAAAGAAAACGUGAAAACCGCUGAAGCUGAUGUGGAUAUAGACAGUUCAGAUGAGGAGGGACCUAAUGACGAUGAAGACAAUACAGAUGUUAAAAUCCGCAAUAAGAGAGCAGAGGAGCAGGAGUAUGAAGAUCCGGAAUCUGAAGAGGAGGAGAAAUCAGACGACGAAGACCAAAUCGACGAGCCGAAAGACGACGACGUCGUCGAAAUGAACGACGAUGACAUCACUAUGGAGGAGAGCAAAAUAAUGGCGAAUGUGGUCGAAAGCGUUAGCAAUGCGACCAACUACUCCUACGAUACCAAGAAGAAUCUGUGGUGCGAACUAACCGUGCUCUUCCCUAUAACGUUCCUAAAGGUAGACCUAUCCCAAGCCCUUAGGAGCGCAGCAAUGAGAUCGGUAAUAUACGAGAUUAAGAACAUAAGACGGGCCAUUACCAACAAAGAGAAGGAUGUACUGUAUCUCAAGACUGAGGGCAUCAACAUCGUCCAAAUGUUCAAAUACAAGGACUGCUUGGAUCUCAACAAGCUUUACAGCAACGAUAUCCAUGCCAUCGCAAACACUUACGGCAUAGAAGCGGCUAACAAAGUCAUAAUUAAAGAAAUUCAGAAUGUGUUCAACGUUUAUGGAAUUGAGGUGGAUCCCCGACAUUUGUCGUUGGUGGCCGAUUAUAUGACAUACAACGGAGUUUUCGAGCCCAUGAGUCGGAAGGGAAUGGAAGCGUCGACGUCGCCGUUGCAACAGAUGUCGUUCGAAUCGUCGCUAAUAUUUUUGAAGGAAGCUGUGCUCAAUUCCAAAAAGGAUUGCCUGCGAUCGGCGUCGAGUUGUCUCAUGUUGGGACAGCCUUGUAGAAGUGGUACAGGAGCAUUCAGCUUACAACAUUGUAGAGCGUGAGUGUUCAAUAGAUACUUUAUAACACCAUCAGCUAAAGCCUGACCAUGAGUAUAAAAACAACAAACUGAAAAUUUACACUAAGCAAAAUAAAAAAAAAUAUUAGUGCGACAAAAUAUUAACUCCAUCAAAUAGGGUUUAUUCUCGGACAGGCUUUACAAGAAAUAUUUUUUGUGGGUAUAAUUUUUAUGUUUAAAGAUUUUAAUGAUGUAAGUUAAUAAAACAUACAAAGUUAUUUCAAUGGUUUUGUAUUUAAAAACUGCUUACUAUUAUAAAAUUUGUUUCACAUUUUAAAAAUAGUAGUUGUAUUACAAUUUUUGUCAAUAUAUUUGCUUUGAGCAUUGACAAUAUUUUACUAUGGUAACAUUUGUAUUGUGAUCUUGUAUCAAAUAUAAUAAAGCUAGUACAGAAAUAAUAAUAAAAUCGAUUAACUAUAUAUUUUGUUACACAUAUAACAUGCGAGUAAAUUUUUAUUUCAUAAUUUAGAUAAACAUUGAAAUAUUAAAUUGAAAAGAUCACAUUAGCUAGGGGUACCGGGUAGGUAUGCUUCGUCUUAUGUAAUAUAACAAUCAACUUAUAAAUAUCUUAUCUAAGGCAACAACAUUCGCUAAGCGAACAGUGAAA